UAUGAGUUAAACGGGAAAAGCUGCGCCUGCUUUCUAUGUGUUACGGUAACGAACGUCACGCUACCGGAAAGGCUAUUGUGUCUUUUGUGAGCUUAGCUCUUCGAGUAGUCGCUCUUCCAACUUAUUUCUUAGCGGCAGCUGAAUGAAACAUGUCCACAGACAUGCCACCUGGCAGAACAACCCUUGAGUCCCAGCUUUUUUCCAUAAUGGACGUGCUGGUUAAAGCUGCGGUGACUGAAAUCUCUCAGCUGUUCUCGGAGAGCUCGUCGUCCCUCCAGCUUCAUUUGAGCCAGAGCCUGAAGGAAAACGAAGCUCUACGGACGAGGAUGAAAGUGAUGAGGAGUGAGCUUUUCUCCCUCAGGCUGCAGACCAGGGCGAACCGACCGGCAAGCCGUUUUUCUCCGUUCAGAGGAAAUGUCCCUAAACCACGGGCUAAACCACCAGUUUCUAUUAAACCACCAGUGGCUCAAAAGACUGUUGGGAAGGCUGUUUCUAUUUCUCUCCAAUCAGACAACAAGACUCCCACUACUUCCUCUAAAGUGGAGAGUGCAGAUGUGGAGACCCCAGAUGUAAUCCUGAUAAAAGAUGAAGACGACAUUGGAGGAUGUGAACCAGCAGAAAGUCAGGACAACUGUGGAAACCAAAGUAUGCAGGCAGGUGUUUCCACAGUGAAUUUACAGCCCACUGAUUCCUCCAACCAGACAGAAAAUAAUGCGGAACUGAGAAUUGUGAGCAUUCAUGGACGAGGGGAAGGGCCUCUGCAGGAGGAAAGCAGCCUCUUCGACAUUUCUCAACUCCAGGCUUUCAGCUCUCUGUCUCCUGAUCAGAACAUCCCUCAUGAUAGUCUCAUGGAUUUCACUUCUGAUGGACUCUCUGUGAGAGAGGUACAGGAUAACAGUGUUGGCUUGGUGAGAAGCAGUCACCUGGACAAGAAUAAUUCCCCCCACAUGUCUUCAACAGCACUGAAUCCUGUGAUAAAUCAUUCAGUCAUAGGCGCUGAUGGUCAUGCAGGGCAACUCAGUCAUGUCAGCCUGUUCCCCCAGCCGCAGAAUGUCUUUCCUCAAACCGCCAACAAACCCCUGGACUGUAGCUUCUGUGGUGAGCACUUUUUCAGCCGAGAGGACCUGAUUGUACACCGAGCAAGCCACACUGGUGAGGCGCCUGUCUCCUGUACAUAUUGUGGCAAGUCCUUCGUCAACAAGACUACAUUGAGCAUCCACAUGCGCAUUCACACUGGGGAGAAGCCGUAUGCCUGUACAGAGUGCGGGAAACGUUUCACACAGAGUGGCAGCCUGAAGAUCCACCUGAGGACUCACUCUGGAGAGAAGCCAUACACCUGCAGUCAAUGCAGCGCCAGCUUCAACAACCCCAGCAACCUGCGCAGGCACAUGAUCACACACAUUCCCAAUGGCACUCUCUGAUAAUAACAAACAGUAAUUACUCUGCAUGCUACUGACACUUUCCUGUUACAGUGGCAAUGUGUCAUGAUAUUGUCUGGGUUUUUAUCCUGAUUUUUUUAAGGUCAAAUGUUACUUAAACGCAUACAGUUACCAAAAUGAAUAUAAAUCUUACCAAUAAAAGCCAAGGAUGCUGGGGUUCAAACUGAAGAACGGCCCAACAGUAUCUCCUUUCAAAGAUGCCUCAUCACUGUCAAAUUAUACCAAAAAAAGGGAUAGGAUAAACAGUCUUAAAAACCAAAAUACUCUCUUUUUUAUCAAUCUUUAUACAUAACCAAUUAGACUGCUAGAGAUUAAAAAAAAAAACAGCAAACAACCUUGCAAAGUUUUCUGUUCUCAUCCCCCAGUCAUCAAGGCAAACUUAGAGCAACUGUUUUAAUUUGAGUUAUAUAAAUGCCUUCUCUUUUUCUCUUGACUUAACCAACUCAGGAUAUUAUACAACUUUAGCUCAAUGCUAGGUCAUUUGUUGUCUAAAUUAUGCUAAAUAUAAAUGACCCUUGCAGUUGCCAUCUGCACUCUUCUGACAGGAUGAACGCUUUUUACCAUGCUUGGAUGGCUAAGCAUACAACAGAUGCAUAUUUGACUGCUAAAAAUGCACUGACAUUGACAACAUCAAGUAAAGGAGAAAUAUAGAAAGGGGUUGAGAGCGUGGGUAAAAUGUGACAUUUUAACAUUUUUAACAUUUCAUAUUAGUACUACUAAUGGGGAUAUGAAGUGAAAAUCCAAAAAUGAAUACAUCAGUUGUGUUGAUUAACCAUGUAUAUGUUAAAACAAGAAAGGAAAUAUUGAUCAUUGAGUUUUCAAAUCGAUAAACUGCCUAACAGAAUAGUUGCAUUAAUGCAACAGCAGCCAGUGCAAUAUUAUCCUUAUCAUAAGUUUGUCCACACAGGUUUGAUGGAACGGUUUAAGCCAUAACAUAGUGUAACACUUAAAUAAAUAGUAUGUAUAGCCAUAUCACCAUACUCCAAAACUAUAAAUGUAAAGUGUUUUAAGCUUUUAAAAAACAUGCAGGAUAUUGUUAAUUAGGAAUGCUGAAAAAGGUGAUGUAGAUCUUAAUCAGAAAUGUAUAUUUAUGGAUGGAUUGAAAAAAGUUUUGAACAGUGAAACAUUAACUGCACAACAGGCAGAAGAAAUGGACCACCUAGGCCAAUUCGUGCUUCAUUCAAGUGUAUUCUUGCUUGUCUCUUAUCUAAAAGCGAACUACCUCUUCAGUGGCCUCCUUUGUACAUCCAGGGAACAUUUAAAUAGAGCAAUAGUCUGAGUUCUGAUAGGGUUGUUUUUAGAUAUGACGUUUUAAAUAAAUAUUGAUGUUUUAAA